AUGUACAAUUUUGGAAACAUCGUUUGCUGGCGGGCAGAUGGCUCUUUAGAAUCUUUCGGAAGAAUGGACGAUCAAGUCAAGGUCAAGGGCUUCCGUGUCGAGCUAGAUGGCGUAAAUGCCGUUACUGAAAACUUUGUCAGCAUUACCAAGGCCGCCUCUCUCGUGAUGGACGGGAUACUCCACGGCUUCUAUACUUCUGCCGUACCUCUCAACGAGCAAGAGCUCGAUGCUUUCGUCCGGCAACAGCUACCGUACUACUCUGUACCAGAGAAAUGGAUCCCCGUGGACGAAAUACCUUUGAACAUGAAUGGAAAGGUCGAUCGGUUGCAGCUCAAAGAACUCGCUUUACUAUCAAACAUACCCAGCGUGGAAGUUGUGCCGGCCAAGCCAGAACAGAGUCGCUCAGACUCAGCCUGCAGCCCCGUGGUCGCUCCCGACAAGGUCGUAGGAUCCAUGUCAGUGAUAUCCCAACAGAUUUCGCGGAUCGUAGCGCGAGAUGUUGACCUCGAAAAAGGAAAUCAAUCCCCAUCCUCAUUUCUCAACACGCCAUAUUUGAAUCCCAAAGAGCAUGACGAAGCGAACGCUCUGCCAGCAAUCAAACAUUCCCCUAUGCUGACAUGGCUACGUCAUCGCCUCUUCUUUGCUUAUCGAUGCCUACUCCUUUUUACCAUUUGUACGAACAUCGCAGUCGCAUGUUGGCUCUUGCACCGCGACGUCGGACACCCCGGAUACCCGUUAUCGUCAUCUGCGACGGCCACAGCGGCAAAUCUUUGCGCUGCAAUUCUGAUACGUUCCGAGCCCGUCAUAAAUCUUUUGUUUACAAUAUUCUCGUCUGUGUCAACAUCAGCUCCACUUGGCCUCCGGCGGAUCUGCGCCAAUGUGUACCAUAUUGGCGGUAUACAUGUAGGGUGUGCCACAUCUGCGAUCUUUUGGUUCAUCAUAUUCACUGUUGGUGCUACUCUAGAAAUCGCCAAAGAUGCUAAUGCACGUCUAUCGACCAAAGACCUUAGCCGUGGUUCAGACUUUUCGACCAUGGAAGCCUAUUUGCACAAUCCUUCAAUUUGGCUUCUCGUAGUCGCUACUUUUGCUAUCGCAUUCCCUUGGUUGUUUCUUCGCCGCGUUGCUGUUCGGUCAGAAGUUCUCUCAUCGCAUGCCGUCCGACUACAUUUUGACUACGACGCAUUUCCAGGCAAGGGUGUCCGUCUUGCCCAGCAUCCACUAGGCGAUUGGCACGGAUUUGCUACGUUUCUCAAUACGAACAGUAACAGUUCCAGUGGUAAAGGCAAGGGAUACUCGGUGAUAGUCAGCCGAGCUGGAGACUUUACGGGACGCAUGAUCGAUACCGCGCCGACACAUAUUUGGAGACGAGGCAUCCCCACUUCCGGUGUCUUGCGCAUUGCAACACUCUUCAGAAGCGUGGUGGUUGUGGCUACAGGCUCUGGUAUCGGACCAUGUCUAUCCAUCUUUCCUUACAAGAACAUUGCCAUGCGAAUCCUUUGGACGGCACCCAACCACGAAAACACAUUUGGGCCUUCAAUGGUCGAAGAAGUCCGUAUGCGAGACCCACAAGCAAUCAUAUACAACACGCGAAAGUCAGGAAAGCCUGAUAUGAGUCUUCUGACUUAUAGAUUGUACAAGGAAAGUGGCGCAGAGGCUGUGUUGGUCAUCAGCAACAAGCGCUUCACGCAGCAGAUAGUAUUUGAUAUGGAGGCAAGAGGUAUUCCAGCGUAUGGAGCGAUCUUCGAUUCUUAG